GCGAGGCGUUCUACAAUCUUAUCACGUGAUGUUAUGAGUCAGUAUGCUCCGACGGCUGGUUGCGUCGUAGGCUGAGUGCUGUACGUCUACUCGCCGCAGGCUUUGUCACGAUGAGUGCAGAGACAAUCUUCCAGGUGGGCUGCUCCGUCACCUCAAAAACUUCAACCUUGCCCAACUGCAAUCAAGUCUAUUCAAACUCUGCCUUCACGCGCUUCUGGGCCCAUAACCCAUGUUAGAAAAAACAACAACCACAAACAAAAACAACAACAACAACAAUUUUAUUUGCUGACUGCGUGCCGAAUAACGAUGUGUCACGGCGUGCGAACUGGAGUCAGCUAUUUAUUAUUUUAUAAACAACAGAACAAAAACAAACGAUGUUGAUGGCUUCGAGUGUCAGCCGGUAUGAACAGAGGACAACAUUUUGCGAGAAAUCACCUGCUUACAAUCGCUGUCGUUGGAGAAUCGGGGGUUGGGAAGACAACUUUCAUCAGCACACUGGCCCGCGGAACUCAUGGAAGUACCGAGGACACAAUGAUGGGAAGUUUCAUCAACCAAAAGACUGUGGAAUUUGCUGAGCUCAAAAUCCACUUCUGGGAUGUCAGCUGGAGUUUUAGGGACGGGCGUUCUACUCACCUUAACUUGGACGAAGCCAACGCCGUUAUAUUGAUGUAUGAAAUCAGGAGGUGGAGCUCCUUUGCAACGCUUGUGAAUGCUGUCUGCCUGUUUGAGGCCCGAGCAAGUCGGAUUCUAGCCAUCAUCUUCUGUCUGUGCCUCCACAUGCCACCCAGUGCGCACCACGUGACCUUAAAUGUGACUCUACCUGCAACGCGUCUUCCGAUGGAGGACAUACGAGGCAAAUGUAUCAUGCUUGUGGGAGGCAAGUUGGAUUGCGGUGGACCUGCGGAACGGAAGGUCAGUCGCAGGAAUGGGGAAACCCUUGCUAAGGAGCUGGAUGCCAUUUUCUUUGAAGUUAAUGCACACUGUCGUACAGAUGUAAAAGGAGCACUGGAGACUCUGACGAACAGGAUGUUAUACGGAGAACGCCGCCCAGUACCAGGAGGCACGAGCGCCAUAGUGAGCGGGAACGCACAAAUGGUCAGCACGGCUGUGGUUCAACUAUCACUGACUGGCCCGAACCCGCAAACCCGCUGCCUCACAACAGACCUUCAGACUUUGACCUCAUUAACCAUAAUACGUGAACACAUAGGACGGCUAUUCCCUUCUGUUCUGGGGAGGAAUUUCACGUUGACAUAUCAAGGCCGUGGUGGAGAAAGCAUGGUCAUAUCCAGCGACGCUGAGUUAUCCGCUGUACAUGCAAACCUUGACGACAACUGUCUUCGGCUAAAUAUAUCACUGCUAGAAGAGACGGAAGAGCAGCCGAGUUCUCGUAGAGGGGUUCUUCACCCCAACAUCCUUUGCGACAUGUGCGAGAAGGAUCUGUAUGGAGUGCGCUACAAAUGCAUGGAGUGUGAAGAUUACGAUAUGUGCGAACCAUGCUAUGCAAAGAAGACCCACACGCAUCACGACAUUUUGAAGCUCGUCAGGCCCGCUGAUACAAGCUUUGGACCGAUCGUCUUGAUUAGUGAUCCUGAGUUCCUCGAAACUGCAGCGAUGAGCGACAGCCUCACGCUACAUGUUUUGGCCGUUGAAAGUGAGAAGCUGAAGCCUCUGGGUACCCGUACCCACGAUGGUAUCAUUUGCGAUAUGUGCAACGAAACACCAGUGCGCGGGACGCGCUACAAGUGCUUGCAAUGUGAAGAUUAUGAUACUUGUGAGACAUGCUAUGAAAAGAAGACUCACGAAGAACACGACAUGUUGAAGUUGGUGAAUCCACGCGUGGCGCCGUGUGUCCUUGGACUGCGGGAGAUCAGGCCGUAACAGCACCGGAGAAGCCCAUAAUGCCUUCGCGCCGUGCAUAGAAUGACCGCUCAGUAUGGAAGACAGUCUGGCUUAUAAAUCUGAUGAUAGCCCCCUCCCCCCCCCGCACACACUUUUCCCAUGGAAUUUUAGACAACAUCCUAAUCACGGACUUUAUUUGUACAGGUGUAACUGUAGUAGUGUAUGGAUGAGCUGUUUAUUGCAGGUUAUUUGGCGUCAUGUCAUUAUCGCUGGUCACCAUAAUGAUCGAUUAAUAACAAAUGUGGGUCAGGCUACUCCAGGACUCGUGAAUAGAAAAGAAAAAAAGAAAAAAACAAGCUGAAGGUAUAACCAAGAGGCAUAAGAAAAGAAGAAGAAAAAAGAGAGAACAAACAUGGUCCACCUGAUGCUUUUCAGCUGCAACGCUCUUGAAUAUCGGAACGCCACCCACAUAUACCUAGAGCUUUAUCACCCUGGGCAAGUUCUCGAGGCUUUUAAUAUUCACGAGAAAUUUGUAUAGGCUAUGAGAUAUUGGGAAAUGACAGUAUUCCUCCGGGGGCACAAUAUCAGUUCUUGUUUAUCGUGGUGUCUGUAGCACCAUUCGCGCAUAACGGGGGAUCGUAUAGAGAGCAAUCGGUACUUCGUAAGGUGUAGCAAGAGCGAGCUAAGGACACGAUUUCUUAUAUGGUGCUGCACAGACCAUUCUCCAAGAAAACAAGUCAGUUCGUGUGCUGCAUCCUUACCUGUACUAGGUCGUAAGUCAAUGUACACUUUAGGUUCAGGUGAAUCACAGCUGUGGCUUGACGCAGUGGCAACAAAUUGUAAAUCAUCAAAGCUGCUGUGACUGCCACGUGAUAAUAAAUUUUCAGUGACA